AUGUUCUCUUCUUCAUCUUUGUCUUCUUCAAAAGCACCCAAGAGUGGUGGUAAACAUUUCUUAUUAAAAACGGUUUUCUCCGCGUACGUGUUCUCGGAAUCGCUCUCGUUCGCGCGUCACCAAAAACGCGUCCACGACAUGGAAAACGCCCCUCGCCGCGUGUUAGACCCAUCCAUCGAUCUCAAGAAACACCUGAAAUGGUUCGCGAAAGAGUUGAAAGCGCAACCGAACCCAAGGCAGUUAUUCCGGGACUUGUUUAACGACGCCGAAAUCGAGACGAUUCCGAGGAACCGAGCGGUGUACGCCUUGUGUUUCUUCAUGACGGCGAAAGAGAGUUCGGAGUACGAAACGAACACGUACCCGAGACAGGUGAUUGAAGCGGCGGAUAAAAUAUUGAUGAACAUGGAGGAGAAAGAGAAAGGGAAAUUACGAUUCGCGAAGAACGUUCCGGCGUGGCCGGCGAUGCCGGAGGACGAUCGGAAAUCAUCCGGGAGCGGCGGGAUGGCGAACGCGUUGCGCGAGAGAGCGUUUGGCGCGAACGUCGCGGCGUUUCAAGCGCUAGGGUAUCGAGAGAAAGGACCGAAGAAAGAGCACAAGCGCUCGUCGUCGUCGACGAGGACGACGACGGAUGAGAACCAUCCUGAGUUUGUGAGACCGAACACGUACGCGAUUACGGCGUUUUAUAAGCCGUUGUUGUUGCAAGCGUUCAUAGCGUGGAAUAGGAGACGGUGGAAUCGAGCGUUGAGAGAAGGUGGUUUUGUGGAGUCACCGCCGGAUGAGAAGACCGGGGUGGUAUUAUGGACGAGAGAGGCUUCUUCGACAUCGGAGAGCUGCUCGUCGAGUGAAAAUACAGACGUCGACGAAGUCGACGACGACGUCAAUGAGAAGAAGAAGAAAAAAAAUGAGAAGAAUCCAAACAGACACGUGCCGGUUGUUUUUCUGCACGGCCUUGGCGUCGGCGUCGGGCCGUAUUCGAGUUGGAUUAUAGAGAGAUUACCGAAAGAUAGAACCAUUCUGUGUCCAGAGUGGCCGAAUAUUUCCUACGGAAUCGAACGAGGGCACGAGUAUCCGACGCCGAGGGAAUUGGCGCAAUUUUUGAGAACAUCCGUGGAAAACGCGAUUAAAAAAGUUAAAAACAAAACGCAGUUGACGCCGAGUGAAAUAAAAUGCGAUUGUAUCGGGCAUAGCUACGGAACGGUCGUUUUAACCGGGUUUCGAAGGUACUGUCGAGAUGUCGUGCGUCGUUCGGUAUUUAUCGACCCGGUUUGUUUCGUACCGUCGUUCGGGCGAUAUCUUAAAUACGCCUUUGAGGAGCAUUUACACGCGUGGUUUCAAUUUUCGUCGUACAUUCGAACGAAAAUAAAAAACCCGGACGAGCCUAUGGAUUUUAUGAACGUUUUCAUGUCGACCUGGUUCGUGAAAGGCGAUCCGUCCACGCAGCACUUAAUGAAGCGCCUAUUGUUUCCGCAGGAAAGUUGGGAACGAGGUCCCUUGGACGAGCGCGAUUGUCUCGUCUUGAGCGGCAAAGACGAAAUUGUACCGAGCGAGGAUAUUCGGAACACGUUUCAAAAGACGUGGCCGAAAACUGCUAUUUUUUACCAAGGACAGUGGCAACACGGCGGGUUCUUGUUAGAGGAGGACCCGGAAAAGGUGAACGAGGCGCUGUUGAAGUUUAUCGAAAGAGGAAGAGAGGAGAAGAACAACGACGUUCCUCUCGCGUCUCCGGAAUAG